UUAUAACGCCUGCAUCCUCAGAAAAGGUGUUCCCAUCUGGGAUCUGCGCAGCUUUUGGUUUGCAGCUUAGAAGGUGGACUGGAACAGCCUUGGCCAGCUGAUGGUUGUCCGGGUGCUCCACUUGGUCGGUUCCCGGCGCAGCAAGUUCUACUACGACCUCAGUGUUCUGUACGGCAAGGCAUGCGAUGGAUGCGUUGAUUUGGACCGGGAGCGCUUUGAGUUCCACAUCGCUGUGGUCCACCUGGAUGGCAGUUGGAGCUUCCCCUCCUCGCUGGACGAGGCCGACGGGUCCGACGGGGCGCUGCCGCCGCGCCGGUGGAGCUUCCCCAGUGCUGUGCGGCGCCUGGCGGAGCUGGACCUGGACGUGAUUGUUCCCCACAUGUUCUGUGUGGAGGGUAUGACUCGCUUCAGGUCUUUGGUGGAUUUGCUUGACAUCCCUUUGCUCGGGAACCAUGAUCACACCAUUUGGUUGGCAACGGAUAAGGCCAUCACGAAGCAGAUCCUCCAUGCCAACGGCAUUCAGGUCCCACAGGGCGAACUGCUUCAGAAGUUCCACUGUGAAUGGCCCACGAUGAAGGUGCCAGUGGUGGUGAAGCCUUGCAAUGAGGACAACUCCAGAGGAAUAUCCUUGGUGAAACAUGAGGAGGAUUUGAAGUUCGCCAUCGACCAUGCCUUUAGCUUCGACAGCCGCGUGGUAGUCGAAGAGUACAUCGCAGGGCGCGAGGUGCGAGCCGGCGUUAUCGAGGAGGACGGUGGCUUGACGGUGCUUCCAAAGGUGGAGUACUUCUUGAAGGACAUCCGCACUGCAGCGCACAAACUACAGACGGACAGCAGUGGCAACCUGCUCAACAAGGCCAUUGUGGCAGCUAAACAGGACGGGGACAGGCAGUGCCCGGCGGACCUCAGCGACGUGCUUCAUCAGCGCAUUGAUGCUAUGGUCACCAAGGCCCAUCAUGUGCUGAAAUGCCGGCACUACUCGCUCUAUGACAUCCGGAUUGACGAGAAUGAGCAGCCCUUUAUCUUGGAGGUGUCACCCGCACUCUCCCUUGCCGCCCAAGAUUCCAAAUUAUUCUCGACGCCUCGUUCAGUCAGGAACGGGCAUAUUAAACUGAAAUUGCAGUGAUUUUCAAAACGAGAGCGAUCCGGCACGCACAAAGUACGCCGAGAGUCACAUGAGCGAAAGUUGCAAAGUCACCAAAUACUUCCCGC